AAAAUGUGUUCACUGCCCCCAUGUACACAUCUGUAUUCUCCCUGUUUUUGAAAUGCUGCUGAACGGGGAGUUUGAAGGUAUACAUACCACAUGUAAACGUUCACAUUAUGUUGUAGGUGUACUUGUCCAUGGUAGUCACUGUGAGUUAACAAACAGAACUGUGCACAUGGUUGUUAAGGUGUAUGGUUUUAGUAUGGUAAAGUACAGCAGUAGGAUAUGGGUGGAGCAGGGUAUAUAGCGUGUUUAUGGCAAAGUAGAUGUAGGAUGGAGUCACAUGAGUAACUGUAGUGUAACAGUCUUCCCUAGGCCAGUACAUGCUGGUGCUAUAGUGUUAGUUGUAACCUUACCUGUAGCAUAGCCAGGUAAAGUUUGGAAGUUCAGGGUGUAUUAAUACACAACUGUGCUGCAUGUACGUACUUUUGUGUGAACAUGUACAUGGAGUGAAAUGUAGUUUUCGUCACACUAUCUUCAUGUCAGAUUAUUCCUUACCCAUUCAGACUUACAGAGGAGUUGUACUCCUGUACUCCAUUGGUCUCCACAGUAUUAAGCUUGAGCAUUAUUUAUGGUUUUAUAGGGGCUUCCAGAGAACACAGAGAGUGGUGGGGGAGGAACUACAGCGGGAAAAGACUAUGUGCUGUAUUCAGACUCUGAAGGCAAUAUGAAUGCCUGGAUACAGGCAUUGCAAGAAGAAAUGAAAUCGUCAGGGUCAUAUGUCAGUGGUGGUCCUGUCAAUUACGGAGGAAGUAGUAAAGUAAAGGUUGACCAGAAAGCUAUAGAGGAGGUAACAAAGGCUGCAUCUGAUGGUCCUAAACUGACCCACCUGACUGCCCAACGUCCCAGAGUAAAGGGACGACGGCCUCCCAAGCGCUAUGCGACUUAUCAUGAAGAGGAUAAAGAUGAGUCUCCCCCAGCAACCCCAACAUUUGACAGAAAUACACCAGCAGCAUCACCUCAACCUUCACCUUCUGCAUCUCCAACCUCCAAGACUAAAGGUCACCGUCCUGCUGUUCCCCUCAUGCCUAAACAACGUUCCAUCACCUCAUCUCCACCCCCUACCUCUAAUGAGUCUCCCAAAGUUACAAAGAUACUACCUACUCCACCAGCCAAAGUCGCAAAAGAAAAAGAGGAAGUUCAAGCUGACGUAGUGCCUGUUCCAAAGCAGCGUCCACUGCCUCCUAAGAGGCCCCUGAAACCACGCUCAGCUACGGAUGCACCAGUAACACAGCCGAGGCCCGUGCCUGCACCUCGUAGAGUAGUAGGGAAGGAGGGAGCAAUAUUUCCGGCAAAGGAUCUACCACCAGAUGAAGAUAAAGAUGUAGAUGUUGAGCAGGCAGAGAAGGAAAGCCCAGUUACUGAAACACCUAGCACACAAGAAACGGCACAGGAAAUUAGCACCAAUGAAUCCCCCCUAACUGCACCGGAAGAUACAACUAAACAAGAAGAAAAAGUGAACGAAAUGGUAGAAAAUAGGAUACCUAUUAAUGUACAUGUAAUGGAAGAGAAAUUGCACACAAAUGACACAAAAACAACUGAAACCCCACCUACACCACAACCACAAGAGGAAAACAAAACAAGUACUGAUAUUUCCACAGGAGAUAAGGAAGAUAAUAGGGCAGUGAGUGAACAUAAUCAAGAAAAACGCCAUGUCUCGUCUGCUGAUGAGUAUGAACAUAUGAAGCCUGGUGUUACCAAAGACAAAAGCCAAGGCUCAAAAAAGUCCCCCCAAUAUGAACAUCUUGACGUACCAUGUAGCCCAAGUACAUCCACACCAUCGCCACAAAAGCAGGAUUCGAAGUAUGCAACACCUUCUGCAGCAACAAAACAGAAAGAGACUACAUAUGCUGUUCCCCAUGUUACAGGGGACACAAAUGCCAGUGUUUUACCAGCCACACCACAAAUUUCUCUCGUUGCCUCAGAGAAUGAGGAGAAUCUAACCACUGGAAGUGGCAAAAGCUCAAUACCACAACAAAGUGAAGACCAUCUAAAACCAGUGAAGUUCGAAAUUGAAAGGGAUGCUCUUGGGUAUUCCAAGGGAUGAAGAAGAAAAGCGAUGACAAAAGAGUACCUCCAGGAAGCCCAGUCCAGUCAGAUGAUGAGCCACCACCUCCCCCUCUAUGGACAGGGAUGGACGCAGGGCUAGAUAGUAAUGACGUUCCGUCCACACUUCACCAGGCACGUGAGAUUCUGCGUCUGGCUCAAGUCAUGAAGAAGGAAAUUGAAGAUAUGCGCAGAGAAGUACAGAGAGAACUAGAGUUAGCGCGUAGAGAACGGCAAGAUGCAGAGUUGAUAAAAAAGAAUGCUACAGAGAUAUUGCGAAUGGCAAAAGAAAAGCUGAACCAAAAACCACCACCUUAAUCAGUAUUGUAUCACAAUUGCAAACUCACAUCAUCCUUAUAGUUCUCAGUGAUUUUCACCCUUUUGCAUAGUGUGUUAUUUAAAUUGUCAUAAUAUAUAUGCAACCAACUUUGAACAGAUGCUUUGCAUUCAUGGCGAGCAAGUUCAGUUUUUGCACGUAUGUAUUUGAACUGGUGUUUCGUUUUUUCGCCAAAUUAAUAA